UCGGUGUUGAGACGACAAAUCGCGCGGGUCUUUUCAGCGGUAGAAGAAAGUGUUCGGAGUGACCAAAAGCACGCCUGCUACAGAUAGGGUUGAGUGGCUGCUGGAGACGUGAUGGCGUACCGAAUUGAAUCCGGUGCUCUGGUUACUUUGCAAGAGCUAUGCCCUUCAUCUCCGUUCUUCAAGGAAGGUGCUUCUCUCAGGAUAACUGGCAAACUGAGAGAAUAUUCAGUCGAAACAGCUGUAGCUCUGGUCGCAGAUGGAGAAACCGUUCUCAAUGUCGACACCCAACACCUAAGAGACCUUAGUUUCCGGGUUGGCUCAAUCUACCAAUUCAUUGGAGAGCUCCAUAUUGAGCCUGGAAACGAGGCGAUUUUACGGGCUCGAACUGGGAGAAACGUGGACGGGAUUGAUCUAAACCUUUACCGUCAAUCUAUCAAGCUCUUGAGGCAGUUCCUCGACGAACAAGACAGAAGCAACAUGCUCGGAUGAGGAAAAACAUCACUCACUGAAGAUACAUUUCUUCCACAUAUAUUUACAUAAACCCAGGUUAGAAACG